AGUAGGUUACAAAAAGGUGCGGGGUUUCCAGGGAGACAGGGGGAACGGUUCUUUGAGGAAGAUGUGAAAGACGAGACCUUCUCAGGAAAGCAUGAGAGAGAAGAGAGAUGAAAGUAUGGUGAAAGACCUCUCCGGGUUGUAUGAUGGAAGGACUGGGAAAGGAGAGAUCCAUAUCCAGCUCUAAACCCUUCCCAUGGCUCAGUCACCCCAAAACAGAGGCCUCAACCCUGCUAUGGAAACUCAAAGACUGCUUCCCCACCAAUGAGACAACCUCCCCUCAUCACACAGAUAAAGAAAACAAUUACAUGGACAGCAGAAAGGCCGUGCUGGAACUGAAAGAUGUCCCUCCUCCUCCUCCUCCUCCGCACCAUACUUCCUCUUCCCAAUCAUCCCAGCCCUUCUCUCUGGCCCCUCUCCGUAUGCCUCCUCCCUGCUUGCCUCCUCCUCCUCAUCUUACACAAGACUCCCUCCAACAACAGCCACCACCACAGCAACAACAAGAGGGGGCUAGCCCCAAAGUAAGCAUAUACACGCACUGUGACUUUUGCAGCACAGAUGGCUAUGGGUUAUUGGGUGGCGGAAGUGUUGUUGGUAGCAGUAGCAGCGUCACUGGUGUUGUCUCGCUCUAUAUGGCCCCAGGCUCUCUGGGAGCACCCAUCAGCAGCAGCAGUAUUAGCAGGUCCGGCCCUUGCUCUGUAGCCUCAUCUGUUCAUCAGUAUAAACAUCACACAAGCUGUGGGAGUGGAAGUGAAGUUUUUGAUCCUUUGCCCACUCUUGGUUACAAACCUCAGCUGUCCUCUUCUGUCGCUACCUCUCAGCCUGUUUCAUCACACCCCUACCUCUCCUGCUGCUCAGGGCUCCUCCAAACCUACCCAGCUGUACCUCUCUCAUGCAGCCAACCCAGCCUGUUUCCCUCCUCAGCACCUCUGGCUUCCUCUGUCCCCUGUGUUUCCUCUCUACCCGCUCCCUUGCAUGGCUCUUGCCUGGCCUCUUCUGGCUACUACACCUGUGGUGUGAACUGCUGCCCGUCAGCCAGAAGAUCCCAGAGAGGCACGCUUGGUGAUCACCCAACCACCACCACCAUCACUACUACAACCACCUCAGCACACUUCUGCUCUAAUCCUAUGCACCUAAAUGUAGAACGCACGGUUUGUGUGAAGGGGGCGCACUUCUGCCAGGAGUGCUUGUUGAAGCCUGUGAAUGGUCUGACAUCAGAGUCAGACAAGGUGUGGCCCAAUGUUCCUCUUCCCCAGACUGCUCCUAUCUCUAUCCCCAUUUGUAAUGGCUGUGGCACCUCCUCUGAUGGCAUGAUGCUCAUGCCAUCGGCCAGCCUUGGCAAGACUGGCCAGAAGUAUGGUUCUCCAGAGAACGGUGGUCCUGAGAACAUCCCUCCAGUGGGCGUCUUCUGGGACAUUGAGAACUGCAGUGUGCCCAGUGGACGCUCUGCUGGAGCAGUAGUCCAGCGGAUUCGAAGCCGUUUCUUUCAGGGCCACCGUGAGGCAGAAUUCAUUUGUGUCUGUGAUAUCAGCAAGGAGAGUAAAGCCGUCAUCCAAGAACUCAACAACUGCCAGGUUACUGUUGCACAUAUCAACGCCACAGCCAAGAAUGCUGCUGAUGAUAAGCUUCGCCAGAGCCUACGACGCUUUGCUGAGACCCACACUGCUCCUGCAACUGUUGUACUAGUAUCCUCGGAUGUGAACUUUGCAAGUGAGCUGAGUGACCUGCGUCAUCGUCAUGGUUUCCAGGUAAUCCUGGUCCAUGGCAACCAUACGUCUUCAGCACUACUGCAGCAUGCCCACCGCCACGUGGCCUUCCAGGAGAUCACAGCUGAUCUGCCACCACGUAUGCUUGUCAAAGCACAGCCCAGUUUCAACCUCCUCUAUGUGCACAACCUCCCUGUCAACUGUGACAAGAAUCUGCGGAACGCUGUGAAGCUCAGGCUCCGCCGCCUGUCAGACAACUGCGGUGGCAAGGUGCUGGGCAUGUCCCAAGGCACAGCAGUCCUCCGUUUUGGCAACCCUGAGGCAGCUGCGCGUGCCCGCAAGCGAAUGGAGAAUGAGGAUGUGUUUGGCCACCGAAUCAGCCUCUCCUUCUCCCCACGGCCCAGAGACGAUGCCAGUCCUGAACCUGAGCUUCAGUCUCAGCCUCAUCACUUGCCUCAGCCUCUGUCCCACACCUAUCAAAGCCAGGAUUCAAUGUUUGGCCCUCCCCCAUCUAUAUCCUCCUUCUCCUUUCUGCCCCUGGAGAAGCCAAGGUCACCCAGGAGGCCACGGCGAGCAACCCGCCCAUGCUACGCCCCUGGCCCAGUGCCUGAAAGGCCCUACAGCCCCAGGAGGGGGUGCAGUGGGCCUCCCGGUGGUGCUCCAGCCAAGCCCCAUCAGGAGCUGGGUAGUUUUGAGGGCAAGCCCAGAAUGGGCUUCCAGCAGCUGGAAAAAGGACGUGCUGCUUCCUCUUCCCCCCACAGUAACGGUGAGACAGGAGCCCUGGAGCAGCUGUCCAAACCUGGCUUCAUAGGAGAAUCUAUGCACAGGAGGAGAAGAGAGGGCUCUUAUCCUCGCAGUGUUACUGAAUCUCCUGUAGAACAAGGGGACAGGAACUCGGAGUUCCAGAUUAGCACACCCUCAGCCUUCAGCAAGUUGAACCUGCACAGGAGCUUCAGUCCCCUCAUCCUGUCCCAGGGCUCCUGGUCAUCCAGGAGUGCGUCGCCCUGCCUGUCCAGCCGGUCCUCACCCCUCCUGGCUGCCCCUCGUAGCCCGUGCCCUGAAGGUCCUUCUGAGCCUUUCUCAGAUGGAGCAGAGGUCCAGGUGGCCAAUCUGGACUACAGAAUGUCCCGCAAGGAUCUACAACAGACACUGCAUGACACCUUCUCUCGUUACGGGCGGGUGAAAGCUGUGGAGCUGAGUCCCCACACGGACUAUCAGCUGAAGGCCACGGUCCAGAUGUUGUCCCUGCAGCAGGCCAUUAGUGCUGUCAGUGGUUUGCACCGUUAUAAGAUCGGAGGCAAACGCAUUCAGGUGUCUCUGAUCACUGGUGUCAACAACAAAUCCCUUGCUAUGCUGAGCACGGAGAUCAUCAGCAUUCUUCAGGAUGCACCUGCCAAUUGCCUUCCCCUCUUCAAGUUUACAGAGAUCUAUGAGAAAAAAUAUUCCCGAAAGCUUGUGGUUGGGGAUCUGUACAGGCUGCCAGAGGUGGUGGCAGUGCGGGAUCAGGGAGGCUCGAGGCUUGUGUGCCUUCUGCCCAGCAGCCAAAUCCGCCAGAGUCCACUGGGAUCGUCCCAGUCCCAGGAGGGCUCCUCCUCUGCUAGUGGCAGCCCUGUGGUGUUUGAGGAGCUGGAGUACCAUGAACCUGUCUGCAGAGAACACUACGCACAGCGGGACUUCAGUGAGGCAGACUUUGACCCUGAUUCCUAUAAAAUACCUUUUGUUGUGAUGUCUCUGAGCACCUUAGCCUCUGAGGUCCACAGUCUGUUGCAGUCACACGAGGGAACUCUUCCAUUACUCAGUUUUCCAGACUGUUACGCAGCAAAAUUCAGCCCUCUGCAGCUGGGCAAUGAGACACUGGAGGGUGGUGUUCCUCUGGAGCACCUCAUUACCUGCGUUCCCAGUAUCACAAUCGUUACAGCUCAGAACGGCUUCAAAGUCAUUAAGUGGAUCCACAACAAGCCACCAGCACCAAACUCGGAGUCAUGGAUUCAGCGCUGCAAGAGUCCGGUUGGCAACCCACAGCUCAUCCAGUUCAGCCGAGAGAUUAUUGACCUGUUAAAGAGUCAGCCUUCUUGCAUCAUGCCCAUGAGCAAGUUCAUACCGUCGUACCACCAUCACUUUGCCAAGCAAUGCCGCGUCUCUGACUAUGGCUACUCUAAGCUGCUGGAGCUUCUGGAAGCCGUGCCCCAUGUUUUGCAGAUCUUGGGUAUGGGUACCAAGCGUUUACUGACCCUGACUCAUCGUGCUCAAGUGAAGCGCUUCACUCAAGACUUGCUCAAACUGCUUAAAUUUCAAGCCAGCAAACAAGUGGCGAUCAAGGACUUCAUGCAGGCAUACCAUUGGUGCUUCUCCAGAGAUUGGCGGGUAAUUGACUAUGGCAUAUGUGAACUGAUGGACCUGCUCAUUGAGAUCCCUGACACCACCAUCACUAUUACACUUCAAGAAACAGACACAGUCAUCUCUGUUCCUAAGAGAGAGCGCACGCCUGAGGAGAUGGAGCACACUAAGCAGUUUGGGAAGGAGGUGGUGGACCUUCUUCGUCACCAGCCUCACUGCCGAAUGGCCUUCAGUAAGUUCAUCCCCACCUACCACCAUCAUUUCGGUCGUCAGUGCAAGCUCAGCUACUACGGAUUCACCAAGCUCAUGGAGCUCUUCGAGGCAAUCCCCAACAUACUGAUGGUGUUGGAGUGUGGUGAAGAGAAAGUGCUGACCCUGACAGAAGUGGAGCGUAUCAAGGCUCUGGCGGCUCAGCUGGUCAAGCUGCUUCGGGCUCAGAAAAACUCCAGCCUUCCUGUCAGCCAGCUGCUCACUGAGUACAGCAAGACCUUUGGCUAUGGUCUGCGCCUGCAGGACUAUGAUGCCAGCUCCCUGCUGGCUCUGCUGAUCAAACUCUGCCAUGUUGUCAAGGUGGUGGAUGGUUCAGAGGGUCGCGAAGUGCAGCUGAUCAACAGGAAGUCUUUACGCUCACUGACCUCCCAGCUCCUGGCUCUGCUUAUGUCCCAAGAGGAGGAGCAAGUCACCAGGGGUCUCAAAGUGGACGAGCUGAGCCAGUAUUACCAGACUGUCCAUGGAGCCCUGCUCAACCCGUGUGAAUAUGGGUUCCUCUCCCUCAGCGAGUUACUCAAGAGCCUGCCCUACCUUGUGGAGUUGUACCAUGAAGAAAGUGAUGACGACAACAAAGCUGGCAACGCUGCCAGUGGUGGUGGGGAGGAGUGGGUGAGGCUGACCAGGCUUUACCAGUUUGCCCGUAACGUACGCGGCCUGCUCCACACCUACCAUUACAACCAGAUCUUCCUAACUGAGUUCCAGGGGGCUUAUAACAAAUUUACAGGCUGCAGCCUUGAGCCACGUUCCUACGGAUACACCAGCACUGACGAGCUGCUCAGCGCCAUCCCACAGGUGGUCUGGAUCAAAGGGCACGGUCACAAGAGGAUUAUCGUUUUGAAGAACGAUAUGAAAGCAAGGGCAAGCUCUUCAAUCCCCAACAGCCCCCUGCCAGGAGAGAGCACAGAGAGCCCGAGAGACAGCCCCAUUAGCAUUGCAACUUCUGGAACCCAGAGUCCAGGUGGUGAUGUAGCUGCAGAGUCAGAGCUGCUGUGUCUGACAUCACCAGUAGACCUACUGUGUGGUCCUGUGCCAUCCUGCCUGCCUUCACCUCAGCUACACCCUGACCCCGUUCUCCUCCAGGAGGCAGACCUGAUUCGCUUUGAGGAGAAAACUCCACCAACAGUGAGUGAUGAACCAGAGGUGCCAGUUGACGGUGACGGCACAUGUGAUCCACCUGGCAGCACAGACGACUCUGCAGUCGCCAAACCUCUGCCGCCCCCUGACGUGAAGACCCCCUUGUCCAUGGACAGUCCCAGCAGAAGAGCCUCACGCAGCAGAAUCAAGCUAGCCGCCAACUUCUCAUUCACAGCAGGCCUCUGAUCCUUUACACACGCACACACACAAAGCAAUACUAGUUCACACACAGUGUAACUCUAAACCCAAGAGUUGACCAGCUACACUGAACACGCCACACAGACCUACACGAGCAUUGAUGUUGUCACCUCUACAUCCUGAACAGGCUGUUGCUUUCUUCUUGUCACUCAUCGGCCUUUGUCGUUUUCUUUGUUUGCUGAUUUCACAAUCGGUGCGUGCUUCCGAUGAUGUUCACCAAGCUGUGAUUUUCUUCUUGCAGAUUUUCUGCAAUCUUCUAAAUUCUGUAACCUGUGUUCGAUUUCACCUCAAGGGAAGUUAAAUUAUAUUUGCAUGCACAUCUCAGUUCAGAGCCACGUCGUGUCGAACACACGUUGGCUUAGGAAUGAAGAAUGAGUUAGUUGUCACUGUAUAUAGAUCCUUGGGUAAUGGGAGAAAUGCUAGGAGUGUGUGACUUAGUUUUCUACAUUAAAUCUAAGAAAUAUAGUUACUCACAUUCUCAGAUUAUGAAUUUGACAAACAGAAGGCUAUUGAGAUGUUUUGUUUAUGUGCUAAAUUGAGAAACCUCCAUGUGUACUUCUUGCUGUAUCUCCAUAGCAGAGCAUUUAAUUUAUGACAUUCUUACAUUUUAAACUCCUUUUAAAUUUUAGGAGAUUUUGCUUUGUAGGUAACUGUAGACAUGUCGAACAACUGGCCGCUAAGCACCUGCCCGUUUUGAUUCUUUCAGUCUCUCUUGGGUAUUUCUAAAGAGGUAGCUUCUCUUUGAGGUAUAUUCUCAUCUUUUGUCUCUGUUAAGUAGCCUCAGGACAGUAUUUCAGUUCCUUUUAAAUUAUGCAGAGUAUUUAGUAGUCUGUGGAAGAGUUUGGCCUCAAUGUUUGGUGUAUUUGGUGGCAAUUCAGUGAUGGGUGUGAAAAUUAGUGUUCAGAUUGUGGCUUCAGUUACGAAAGCUAACAGUUUUGAACCGUUAAAUCACGGAAGGCAAGGUUUUGAUUGAUAUUACGACAACCCUGCCUUCAGGAAUUUUUUAUUCUUGUUGUACUUUGACUUUAUUUAUUAGAAAGACUUUGGCUCGUCUCACCCGGGCCACUAAUGAAGGCCUAAGAGGGUCAAAGGUGGCUCUCCAAUACUCGGGCUGGAUGUGUGCUCAGGCAGCAGGAACUGAGAGAUACUUUGUUCGGCUUUCACCAGCAGCCGGUGUGUUUGUGUUGUUUUAGCUGCGUUUUGUCUGAAUGUGGUUUACACUGGAGUAGGUGGUGUGAAAUGUGCAUGGUGUGCAUAAAUGAGUUUAUGCAUGGUGUAAGCCCAGAAGGAGCAGACAGGAGCAGAUUACGAUAAGACAUUCUUUAAGAUCAGGUCUUUUAUUUGCACCGUGUUUUAGGGAUCUUAGAGUUGGCGUCACCCUCUCGCAGUUGCCACAUAAAUGCUCAAGGUUUUUUGAGUUAACCUUGUUGCUGGAGAGCGCUGCGUCUGCGGUGACGUCCACUGCCUGAGUUGAAGAUUUGGAGGGGAGCAGUGAGCACUCCUGAGUUUUUGAUUUUUAACGACGAGGUGAUUGGUUGUGAGUUUUUAGGGGAAAGAGAUGGGUCAGGAGGCUGUUUGUGGGGCACCACGGGGGCUCUGUGCAGCCUCCUGAACAGACUGUGACGUAGACACAGAGGACCCUCUGCGGCUCUCUGGAAUCUGCCGGGCUUUUACAAUGGCUUGUAUUUGCCUCGGCGCCAAAGGAAUCGCCAUCGUUCUCUCCCCCCCUUUCCCUCACAUCUUACAUAGGAGUUUUUACUUACUAAUGUGUUGGUUUGUCCAUUUUCCUGUCUCAAGUGUUUACAAGACUGCUGGCUGCUGAAUUGCCACCAAAUACUGUCGGCUGCCAUGAAGUUUAGCAUGACCGAGGCGCCGCUGAAGUCUGAAGGUUGUUGUGUUCAGAGGAAAGGUUCAAAGAAUGGGUAAGAGCCCAUUUAAUCAGUUUCUGCCUGGUUUCGGUGUUUACCUCUUCAGCCAGUGUUCAUUUUCUUUGUUGGGCUUGAUUUUGACUUGCUAGAUUCCACCUGCCAACUCAUCAAAUUGUCUGAAACGCCAAUCAAAAUGUUUUUAAUUAGGACUGUUAGGGUUCUGACUGUCUGUAAACCUCUGUGAUAAAGAAAUGAGCAGCUCAGUUAAUGAUUUAGAGUUGGUAAUGAUAGAAAGGAGCUGAAAAUGCUCAGAAGGAAUUGUCUAGAUUUAACUUUGGCAGUAAAGAAUGUAUUACUUUUUGUGACUCUGAGCAAAGCCUAGCUCUCCCCCGGCGUACCGCAGUGGCAACUAACUCAGAGGAAUGAAUUUAACUUCUCUAUUUAGCUUUCACUCUUUGUUUUGGUUACAUCAGUGAGAAGCUACUGUGCCUGUCAAAAUAUGCACUUUUGCAUAGUUUUGGUUCAUGAAAUGUGAAAUGAGGCAGUGCACUGGGAGGGAUUUAAAAACAUGUUUUUGCCUUGGUUCCUUUUUAACUCUGUCCGACCUUGUCUUGCUUAUUCAGUCUUCACGUUGCACAAGUCUACACUUCAAGAAAUUAUUAUUAUUCAGCAGUGUCCUUAAAUCUCCUGCCUUGUGAUUAUGAUUUGUUUACCUGGUCAACAACUGUCUCACUGAUGUGUCCUCUCUACACUCACCUCCCUCCCUCUGUCACACUGUUUUACUGCCUCAUCACACCAGAAGUCGCUCUAACAGUCUAAAGUGUUUGAAAGGACCAAAAGAUUUCUGUUAAUAAAUUUCACAAGCAUCAA